CACUGUCCGCUCUGCCUGCCUGCCUGCCUGCCUGUCUGCCUGCCUGCCUACGAGUACCGGACAUGGCUCAGGAGAAAAUGGAGCUGGACUUUGAGCCUGAUACAUCCGAGGGGGUCACCCUGAGGAGAUCCAACAGCGCACCCCUGAUCUCUGGGCUCAGUGACUUUUCACAGGCCUUUCAGCCUUACACGUUUCGAACUCGGAGGAAUAGUACGACGAUUAUGAGCCGCAGCAACUUGGUAAGUAGGGAACAGUUUUCCACCUCCCCGAACCGCACUCUGAUUAGCCGCACUCUGAGUAGCCGACUGCAACAAAUCAAAAGGGAAGAAGGGGUGGACGUGAUGAACCAAGAGGCUGCACGUGAAAGGGAAGUGCAAACAGUCAUGCAGAUAAGCCAAUCAUGGGAUGAGAGCUUGAGCCUGAGUGAUAGCGAUGGCGACAAGCCGGAGAAAUUAUAUUCUCCUAAGAGAAUUGAUUUCACUCCAGUUUCUCCAGCACCAUCUCCCACCAGAGGAUUUGGAAAGCAAUGUUUCUCACCAUCUCUUCAAAUGUUUGUGAGUAGCAGUGGACUGUCGCCAAGUCCCUCUUCCAGCCCAAGACGAUUUUCGAGCAGGCGGAGUCAAAGUCCAGUCAAGUGCAUUAGGCCCAGCGUCCUUGGCCCUGUGAAGAGAAAAGGUGAAAUGGAGACGGAGAGCCAGCCCAAGAGACUCUUCCAAGGCACUACCAACAUGCUGUCCCCGGAGGCUGCCCAACUGUCUGAUCUCAGCUCAUGCCACACUUGCCUGCUUGCGGUGGUGUUAUCAAGGAGAAGAAAUCCCUGCCUUGACCAGAUGUGUGGAGCACCUCCAAAUGAACGAAUAAUGUUAUUGGCACACAGACCACCGUGUAGAACGGCCUACACGGAGCUGGCGUGUGUCUCAGAUGGUGUCCUGAGGCGCUAGGUGCCUUGGGGUGCCCGGUUAUGCUGUAAGGGGUGUGUCGCAUAAGGUCGGGGGAGAGGGGGGCUUUCUGUGUGUAGCUGCCACAUUCCCGUUUUUCUUGCUGCUGUUUCGAUUACCUUAGUCCUUGGCUCUGUUGGGUUCAUCCUGCGCUGCUCAGUGAGGCUCUGCCACCCGAAUGGGAAACUAGUCCUUGCUCACACAGCCUGACAGGGCAGUGUGGGAUCUUGCAGGACUCUCUGAAGACCUGAACGAUUCAAUGUUUUACGCAGUCACCUUUUAACAAGUGAUUUGAGCGAUCCAACAAGGAGCCCUGGGGAGCAUAGCUUUUCCAGCAACCCAGCUGCCAACCAACAGGUCGGCGGUUGGGCGCUCCCCAGAUGCUCCAGGGGAGAAAGUCAUGGCUGUCGGCUUUCUUUGAGAGGUGUACAGCCUGGGGACCCCGGUGGGACAGUUCUACUCCGCCCUGCAGGGUGGCCAUGAGCCCGGAUCAACUGGAUAGCAGCAGGUAGGGGGCUUGGGUUUGAAGUCUGAAUGGUGUACAGAACAGGAAGCUUGAGGCAGCAUCAGUUAUUGAAGUCUUAAAGAAAGCAAAAACAUGACUGAGCGAUUUCAAAACCUGGACUGUACCUCACUGCUAAUUAUUGUCUGAUCACUGUAUAAAAAUAUCUGUGGCAAUGGAUUUGUUUUUCCCAUGUGGUCAGCCAUCAUCGCUGUACAAUCUGUCUUGGGCUAGGCUCAUCAUCUAUUCUUUAAUGACUGUAAGAAACAACAGCCACUGCAUUUGUGUCUUUUGAAGGCAAAGCUCAUGGAACUGGGCCUGGUAACGUCGUAUGGCCUGAAGGGAGACAUAGUCUCUUUAGUUAGCAGAGAGGCUCGCUUGGCCUUUGGGCGUUCCCUUAUAGCAUCAUGUGUGUUGGUGGUUGGUUUUGUUUGCCAAGUGGCAGUAACCGCCAUAGUGGCCGUGAAUGGCUAUCUUUCUUGGUUUGCUUUGACCUGUCCUUUAAAGCCAAUCAAAAUGUGUAGACAGCAUUAUGAAACUUGUCUCCUGUGUGCCAUAUUCACGAACAUGUACUUGGAUGGCAUUCUGGGUAUUCUAUUUAAGAACCGUGGUCAGCUGUUUUCUGCCGAGAAGCAGAGAUGGUGUCUUCUGGGCGGCUGUGUCCCUGCCUUCACUCUACUGUCUCCUUUGCCUCGAACGGACCCUUUGGGCCAUCCUUUUGGGGCCUCUACUGCAGGCCUCUUAAUGACCUGUGAAAUGUCACGAUCAUUGACAUUCUUUUUGCAGUUGUCAUUCAAUGGUGGGAUCAAAUUGGGGCAGGAAAACGCGACUCUUGGGGAUGGGGCAGUGAGAACUAGGAAGGAAAUGGAUUGACUUCACUGUUCAAACCACGGUUCAUUUGGAUUGUUUAAAUUGAUGAGCAGGUUCCAUUUGUGCAGAUGAGCCCCGCUGACAGCACCCCUUUAUUUUUAUAAAAAGUCCAAUAUUUGAAAAGUGGCCGUUGUUGUAAAGUUGAAUUCUUCUUUCCUAUUCUACGUUUGUACUACGUGUUUCCAGCUUCUAUUUGAAAACAAGUACAAGAGCUGAUACGUUUAAAUCCUGUAGAUAAGUAUUUUUUGCUUGACUGCCUUAUUUAACACCCUCGCAUCUCAUGGUAACUGCUUUUGGGAUAAUAAAAAUAAUAAUAGGAUGUUUUGUGAAAUGCUGACCUGUGUAUAUCUUAGACUGAAAUUUAAUAAAGUGUGUUCGUACGCA